AUGCAGGCCGCCGCCGCCUUCAACCGGGCAGCCUUCACCGCCCGCCCUCUGCAUCGCCCCCCGAGGCCCCUCCUCCACCUAGCUGGGGCGGAGGAUGCUUUGGCGGGAAGAAGAGGCGCGCCCCUGACACGGCCCCGGUGUUCCGGGAGCCUCUCCGUCGGCGUCGGCAGCUACGGCAGCGGGCACACUCCAGUAUUUCCAAGACAACAAUCAUGGGAUCCGUACAAACUUCUUGGCAUUGAUCAUGAUGCAUCUGAAGAAGAGGUCCGGAGUGCACGGAAUUUUCUUCUAAAACAAUACGCUGGGUAUGAAGAAAGUGAAGAGGCCAUUGAAGGUGCUUAUGACACGAUAAUAAUGAAUAGCUACUCACACCAGAUCAUUUCAAGGAGAUUUGCUUUUUUUGCAUUCUUUGCUGGGUGGAGCAUUGCAACUUCUGCUGAGACUGGGCCGACCUUUCAGCUUGCACUAUCACUCGUCUCAUGCAUAUACUUCCUCAAUGAGAAGAUGAAGAAUCUUGUCAGGGCGUCCACCACAGGGCUCGGAGUCUUUGUGGGUGGUUGGAUCUUGGGUUCUUUUCUUGUUCCAGUGAUCCAAGCUUUCAUCAUCCCGCCUACAUGGUCCCUUGAGCUCCUUACUUCGCUGACGGCUUAUGUUUUCAUGUUCUUGGGUUGCACUUUCCUCAAGUGA